GUCCUUCCUCCCUGCCAUGCCGCUGCUAUCCAAUCAGAAUCCACUUCCAUGCCCGCUGCUGCCGAGCCGGGUGGAUUGUGAAGAGCUCCGGGCUCCUUUCCGAGGGUCAUGGCAUCGCCGCAUGCACAGCCUCCAGCCAAGAAAGGCAGGCGGAUGCAGAAAUACCGGCAGGAGUGGGAGAAAGGGUUUCCGUGGCUGCACAAAGUGCAGGAUAACGCUCUAAAAGCGCGCUGCAGUGCUUGCAAUAGGGACUUCUCCAUCUCUCACGGUGGGGUGUGCGAUGUGAGGCAGCACGCGGCGGGAGGAGGGCACAUGCGCAGCAUUCGAAUGCAGAACCAAAAGCGAGCUGUGUUUUUAGAAACCGAUGGCUCGACUGAAGCCGAUAAGGCUCUGCACUCUUCAGCCAGUUCUUUGGAUAUAAAAGUAGAAAAAACAGAUGAAGCGAUAGUGGAAGAUGGGGCUGGAAAUUCAGCAAAGACGUUUCAGUUCAGUAGUGAGCCCACCUUGGAAGACAUCCGAAGCCUCCAGUCUGCCUUUGCUGCCGAGAGGGGCUGGGGAAAGUACCACCAGCCUCGGAAUCUGCUUCUUGCCCUCGUUGGGGAGGUGGGGGAAGUGGCUGAGCUCUUCCAGUGGAGGCCUGAAACCCCUGAAGGCCUACCGGGAUGGAUGGAAUCAGAGCGUGAAGCCCUCUCCGAUGAGCUCAGUGACGUCCUCAUUUACCUGGUGGCCCUGGCUGACAAGUGCCAUGUGGACCUUCCUUCUGCCGCCCUCCGUAAAAUAGAGAAGAAUCACCUCAAAUACCCGGCCGAGAAAGUCUACGGCUCGUCCAAGAAGUACACGGAGUAUCAGCAGUAGGACUUGCCCCUGCCUGUUCCGGAGCAGGACAGAAACUUAACUGUGGCCUUGAAAGGUUCUUUGGCUCUAGUUUCAAGUCAGGAGGGACAGAGUAUGCGGUUGUGAUGUUAGGCCUCAUCCAGAUUUUCAGUUCCAAGCAUGCCCCUAUCUCAUUUUAGCCAUUGGAUUGGAUAUCAUUGUCCUGAUAUCCAAUUAGUGCGUAAUGGGUUGGGAGGGGAAGCAUAAGCUGGUCUGCUGUUACUUCCUUGCUCCUCUUUACAAGUUGUCAUAUACUUCAGUUGCCUCUAGAAACUAACCGAGCAAGCAAAAGUCCGUCUUGCCCUUUCAGACAUGGCUUUGAAAAGGCAGCUGAACUUCUAGAUGCUGUGGCUUUGGGCUGGUCAAGUGUCAGGAGAAAGCUGGAUGUUACAGAGCAGAUUGCAUAUGGCAGCUUUACUGUGUAUAUUCCUGGGGAAAGCAGCCAGUUUUGGCAGGGGAGAAGGCUGCACAGUCCUUUUGGUUCCAGCCACCGGGGAAGAGGCAUCCUUUCUAUCCACGAGUGGAAAAGGAGCUGAAUGGUGACGGAUUUUGAGUGACAAAAGAGCAGGAAGGGAAAGGGUUAAGCAGCACAUCUGCCCCCCCACAAUCUAUUCCCCUGCUCAGGCUGGUUGCCUCCACUGUGUCCUUGUUCACACUCCCCCCCCCCCCCCUCAAUUGGUUGUUUUGGGUUUAGCAUUAGAAUGCAGACUCACAGUCCAUUACUCUAGCAUAAAGUUUUCUUUGCUUGAGAACUGUGUCCCGUCUGGUUGAUCGCCUGGUUGAGUUACCACUAGCUACUCAGUUCUUAAAAUUACCCAUAUCACCUCAGAGAACUGUCUGCCGUAAUAUUGCAGCCUCUCUGUUUGUAGAGGGUCUGCGGACAGCAUGGUGUGUAUUUCUAGAUAAACAGAUAGUUCUUGCAGGUGUUGGGGGGGCAGAGGAAAUGGAUUCGUAGAGACACAUCUGUUUGAGAAUAGAUAGGGUAGAGACACCCUGACGGACAGGUACCUUUGGGGACAAGUCUUCGGUGAGAAACAGAUGUCAGUAUGAAAAGUGGGUAAAUCAGUUGUGAACUUUAGAUGUCUCCAUGAACUUUACAUUGUGCAAAAAUAUAUUUUACUUUCUUUGAA